UACCGAUUUCAUUGUCAAUAGAAAUGCCGAUACGGUCAUAUGUAUCGACGUAGGCCUUUGAAUUGGGGUCCAAGGCCAAUCAACCCCGGAAGGUUACGGCACGUCAGUAGGGAUCCCGAAGUAAUAAAUCGCAAAGUGUACUGGUGUUUUGAACAUCGGUACUCCAGGCAGACUGUAGUGAACCUGUGUAAAGCCAACCCUUUUACUCGAUUAUUUGGGUCGUUAUUUGAUCCAGAGACAUAUCACGGUUACGCCCUGGGACAUGAGUUUUCAUUACCGGGUCCUUUCACUGGAUUCAUACCAAUAGAUGACUUCAUGUCGAGUAUUAUGCAGAAUCUGGACAAUCAGAAUACCGAUCGUCUGUCCUACUUCGUGAGGUCCCAUUUUACUCGUGAUUUAUGGUUACACCGCGAUAUAACGGGGUCACCUAUGCAGCCUUGGCUUACUUUCAACGAACCCAGGGAGGCACCGACGUCAUUGAAUGCAGUGAAUGGACUAAGUCUCUCCGUAGAGAACGGUGGUGAUAUUAGGGUAAAGACAGACUAUACAAUGGUCAAUGGAGCACGAGUAUUGCGUUGGAACUUGCGAUGCCAUAAUGGAGUGAUACACCUAGUUGAUAGGUCGUUAAUCACGCUUGACGAGGAGUAAGACUGCACGUUAAACAACUCUGGGUAUCUUAACGCAACACAUCUCUCUCGGAACCUGGGAUAUUACU